CACCGACCAACAUUAUCCGAAAACAAACAUGUCGUUGCAUGGACGUUGAGGUUCCUGUCACUCCACCACCUGUCAUCAACCUUGACACGCUACCUCUUUUCCACUUCCACUCUUGUUCAUUUCUCUUUUUUCUUAAUUCUCUAUUUUUUUCUUCACUUUUCUAAUCUAUAAAAACACCAGAGAUGACACAUAUUUUGAAACAUAGAAAGCAUCUUUGAAGUUUUUGAUUUUUGAGGAGUGAUGGGUGAAAACGGAAUAAGGGAUGAUGAUGAUGAUGAGAAAGUGGAAGUGAAUAUAUAUCCUCUGAAUUCUUACUAUUUUGGAUCAAAAGAAGAUGCUAUUCCUUCUAAAGAUCACUCUCUUCAAAGAUUCAAAUCCAACUAUGAUGCCCGUGGAAUGCGAACUUGUGUUGAAGCUGUUAUGAUGGUUGAGUUGUUCAAACAUCCGCAUUUGUUGCUGUUUCAAAUAAAAAAUUCCAUCUUUAAACUUCCCGGUGGCCGUUUAAGGCCAGGUGAAUCAGAUACUGAUGGAUUGAAGCGUAAGCUGGCAAGGAAGCUUUCUGCUGAUGAAAAUUUGGCAGAAUGGGAGGUGGGAGAGUGCCUUGGAAUGUGGUGGAGGCCUGAUUUUGAAACAUCAAUGUACCCUUUCUUACCACCUAAUGUCAAACAUCCAAAGGAAUGUACAAAACUGUUCCUUGUAAGGCUUCCAGAAAGUCGAAGGUUCACGGUGCCAAAAAACAUGAAGUUGCUAUCAGUUCCUUUGUGCCAAAUUCGUGACAAUCAUAAGACUUACGGGCCAAUUAUAUCAGCGGUCCCGCAGCUUCUCUCGAAAUUCUCUUUUAAUAUGAUUGGAAUUUAAUCCUUCGCCGCAACUUGCUAUCAUGCACUGUGAAGUAAUCUCAUUAGGCAGCCGGUUCUUAUCUUUAUUCGGACUCCAGACAAGGAAGGACUUGUAAAUAUCAUAGCUUAUUAUACAACAAUGAAACUUUAAUGUUGAAAACAGGAAUAUAUAUAUCUUGCAUAGUUACUAUGAACUCUUCAAUAGAGUAAAGGAGUAUAAAAGUUGUUGGUUGAGUUUGAUAGUUUGUCACAAGUUAGUUAGAGAAGCGGUUAGAUUGUGUUAUUUAUUGUAGUAGUAUAUACUAUAUACACACAUCUUGUAUCAUAUUUCUCUCCAUAUUUUUUCAAUAUGAAUUUUGAUUGUGUGAUUAGAAGA